CAUCGGUAUGAAAUGGCAGAAAAUGCCUCUGUGUCACGGACUCAAAGAUUAGGCUACGUAGUACACAUGUAUUUGGCAGAACCAGGCCUGCCAGUGGAAGGAAACGCAGUGGAUUCAGAGGUUGUCCUACUAAGGAAGAAAUAAUAUAAUAUCUUCAAACAUUCUGCUGUAUAUUUCAACGGAAGACCAGAAACCGCGGUUUGACAGUUUUGGAAUUUCUAACGCGUUCUUUUGGAGUAGGGUCUUGAGACAGAAGUCCCACUUGGAUGCCCAAAACACACACUUUGUCCAGAUUUCAUCAUGAAUCGGAAUAAGCGUGAAAAGGAGUAUUACAGUUUAGACGUCGGGGAUUCCACUUUUACGGUGUUGAAGCGCUACCAGAAUUUAAGACCCAUAGGCUCCGGAGCACAAGGGAUUGUCUGCUCAGCGUAUGACCACAACCUUGAACGAAAUGUGGCAAUUAAAAAACUCAGCCGGCCUUUCCAGAACCAGACCCAUGCCAAAAGAGCUUACAGAGAACUGGUGCUUAUGAAAUGUGUCAACCAUAAGAACAUUAUUGGCCUAUUAAAUGUAUUCACGCCACAGAAGACGCUGGAAGAAUUUCAAGAUGUGUAUAUUGUGAUGGAGCUGAUGGAUGCCAACCUGUGCCAGGUGAUUCAGAUGGAGCUGGACCACGAGCGGCUGUCCUAUCUGCUCUACCAGAUGCUGUGUGGCAUCAAGCACCUUCACGCCGCGGGCAUCAUACACAGGGAUCUGAAACCCAGCAACAUCGUGGUAAAGUCUGACUGCACGCUGAAGAUCCUGGACUUUGGAUUGGCCAGGACAGCGGCCACGGGCCUCCUGAUGACCCCGUACGUGGUGACCCGCUACUACCGCGCCCCUGAAGUCAUAUUGGGCAUGGGUUACCAGGCCAAUGUGGAUAUAUGGGCUGUGGGCUGCAUUAUGGCAGAAAUGGUUCGCCACAAAAUCCUUUUUCCAGGAAGGGAUUAUAUUGAUCAGUGGAACAAGGUGAUCGAGCAGCUGGGGACUCCAAGUCAGGAGUUCCUGAUGAAGCUCAACCAGUCAGUGAGGACUUACGUGGAAAACAGACCCCGCUAUGCCGGCUAUACCUUCGAGAAGCUCUUCCCCGACGUCCUCUUCCCAGCCGACUCAGAGCACAACAAACUGAAAGCAAGUCAAGCCAGAGACCUAUUAUCGAAGAUGCUGGUAAUAGAUGCAUCCAAACGUAUCUCUGUGAGCGAGGCUCUCCAGCACCCCUACAUCAACGUGUGGUAUGAUCCAACUGAAGUGGAGGCGCCCCCACCGCUGAUCACAGACAAGCAGCUGGAUGAGAGGGAGCACACGGUGGAGGAGUGGAAAGAUUUGAUAUACAUGGAAGUCCAGGACUGGGAGGAGAGAACGAAGAAUGGAGUGAUCCGGGGACAGCCAGCGUCUUUAGGUGCAGCAGUGAGCAGCAGCGUCCAGCAGCACCCUUCUGCGUCGUCCUCGUCCGCCAACGAUGUGUCCUCCAUGUCCACUGACCCCACCCUGGCCUCGGACACAGACAGCAGCCUGGAGACGGCCUCUAACACGGACCCGCUGGGCUGCUGCAGAUGACCAUCACCCUGCCCUGGUCCCUGUCCCACCAGUCCCUACACUUGUCUUCAAUGGUGUAGAGUUUAGGCCAGUUUCGAUGUUUGUUUGUUUGUAAAAAAAGAAAAGAAGAAAAAACAUUUUUUCCCCUUAAAGUACUACUACAUUUUAUUACAUUUUAUUAAUAUUUUUUAGUCCAGGCUGUAAUAUCAAUUUAUUUUUAACCUAAGAACUUUAUGAUUUCACUACGCUGCAGUUUUGGCCAAURGUGAUAUUUUGAGAACGUCUGUAAAAGCUUUUUACAUGCUUUGAUUUUGUAUCUUUGUUUUUAGUUUCAUCUACUUCUAUUWCAGGCUACUGCUGUUUCAACUGGCCAUAUCAAUGUAGAAUGAGUUUGUACAGAUUUUAUGGUGAAUAUAUUUUUUUCAAAUUUAGUUUGCAGUGAGCCAUUCUACCCAUCAUUUAUGAUUUUAGUACUCCCCUUCCGAAUAUUACUAUUUCUUUGUCUAUUCUAAUCUCUUUCAUAUAGAAUACUGUUUAAUGCAUAUCCAUUGGGUUGGAUUUUGAGAUAUACAGUUUUCCUCGUGAGUCACUACCUCCUUGAAAGAAAAAAAAACAGUUUAUUAAACCGCUUUCUUUUUUUCUUUUCUUAUUAGUUUAGUCUUAAAAUAUCUCAAAAUGCUGUUAGAUUCCUGAACCAUUUUCUCUUUUGGUAAAAGAAGACAUUUAGUAUUUCUUUUUUGUUGUUGAAUUUUUGUCUGARUUUUCUUUUCCAAUAUUAUGGGUGUUACAGUAUAUGACGGAAAUGGCGCAGAUAGGUCCAGAAAGGAAACUAAGGAGCUUUUGAUAAUUUUCUUUGUUUGUCAGUGCUGAAGCCACUGGUCAGUUAUUCUCCAGUGAUUAUUUUCUACAGGUUUACUCUUUCUUUGACAGUGGGGCUAUGUUGUACGCUAGGACUGAGAAACGUGGUCGUACUGUACAGGUGUAUGCUGAAGAGCUUUGUGAGAAAUAGUAUGUUACUAGUUAGAACACAUGACUUGAGACGGUUGAAGGUAUAUGAAGAAUGUGUUUCGAUUGAGUCCAAAACAGGGACGUAGAGAGGGCUUGUGUAUGUAGUGAUGUUGGUUGUCUUUGGAGGGAUGGACAUUCUGCAGGCUUAAAGCGCAGAAACAAACUAUUUAAAGAAACAAGGUUCCUAAUCUGUGCUCAUGUUAUUCAUGUAAUAUAAGUGUGCAGUCAGCUUGCAGUGUAUUGAACAUUUCAAAUUGGAAAAUGAGUGUACAAUACGUAAGUAAUAAGCUGGAUCUCAGAGAAGAUAAUUGGCUGAACCCUUUGCAGAACUUGUACGUAUGCAUGCACUAAAUAAAUGUCACCCUAUGCUUAGUACAUCACAAAAUAGCUACAGAACCACCUCAAAACCCAAGUGAAUCAGUGAUUCUGAACUGUAUGCAAUAAUGGUGUCCUUUAAAAAAAAAAAA